AAGAUCUAAAACCUAGACAAGGCUGAAACUGCCACCGCUGUCCGUAUGCUUCGAGCUAAUGGCAGCCCGUCGAGCUCGCUGGCAAGAGCAUGACUUCUACGACAUUCUGGGUGUCGCGCCGGACGCCAGCCCAGAUGAAAUCAAGAGAGGUUUCAGGAAGAUCGCUCUCACCUGCCAUCCUGACAAGGUCCGGGAGCAAGAGAAGGAGCUGGCCACGAAACGUUUUCAGCUCAUCGCGGAGGCUUAUGAGGUGCUCUCGAAGCCCCAAUCACGGCAAGAAUAUGAUGAACUGCACUCAGGUCAGGACACAGUGGUACCACCAACGAAAGGCGCGACCGGCACUGGCAAAAGUAGCCAGCGCUGGCAACGUUGCAAGGGCUGCUUCGGGCGCUUUCCACAGAAGGACCUGCGGCGCUGCGCUCCAGCUUGCAGCCGACCAGUGUGUUUCAGUUGCGAUUCUUGUUCCACUUGCAAUAAGCAGCCAGAGGCCAAGGAGUCCAAGGAGCAUGGCUUUAUCAAAAGUGGUAUGACCUUCGUGGCGGCCUAUGACGCGUGCGUCUUCCCGGCGCCCCAUUCCUGGAAAGUCCUCUACAAAAUCGCUCAAGGGACGCGUGUCACUGUGGCGGGGACGCCCAAAAGUUGCGAUGGAGAUAUCAUGGUUCCAAUCCAGCCCAAGGGUUGGAUCGACAUCGUGGACCUCACCAUCACACGUCCAAGACCCGAGCCAAAGCCGAAGUCAAAGACAGGUCCUCAGCGAGUUCCUACUGCUCCACGUCCGGAUGUGAAUGAAGUUUGGGUUCGGCAAAAGGCUCAGAGCAAGGAGGACUCUCCUGACCUUCUCCGCAGAGCAUCCAAACUGGCACAGGACAUUGGAGACACUGCACAGGAAUACGUGAAGACUGGCUACGAUGGCUCCGCCCAGGUGGCGUCCGAAGCGCUUCGGAUGGCGCAAGCAGCUGGAGAGAAUGCUCCAUGGCUCGCGGGCGAAGCGGUGCGGAUGGCGUCUGAAGCAGCGGGCCGUUUCUGGGAGACAGCGACAUGGGCGGUGCGGAGGUCCCCGAGCGAGAUCUCUGAGGAGUCUGAUGACAAGAUAACGAUCCUCACCAUGAUGGGCUUUGGCCAUGAAGCUGCAGAGGCCUCUCUCAAGCGCUGCUCCAGCAUCGAGGCCGCCGUCGAGUACAUCAUGGAAAACGCCACGCUGAAGGGUGGCUCCGCUCGUGACCAUCCAGUUCUGCCCCUACAGGCAGCCGGGAAGACCUUUACCCGAGACACCUCCACUUUGUCGGAACAGCCGGGGCAAGGUCGCAGAAGAUCUCAGACAGUUCAGGCAGACUUGAUGCGCUGUGGCUACUCCGAGGCGCAAGCCAAGGCAGCAGCUCGACGAUGCUCGUCCAUUGAAGCAGCUGUGGAGUGGAUUGCGCAACAUCCCGACGUGGUGACGUGAGCGGCCCCCCCCCGAGCGGCCUGCCAGAAGAGCAGUGUACAGUUCGACAGUUCCUGCGGGACCUUCUUGCAGAACUGACUGAACACCCCUUUUGCAGAAUUCAAGCUUGCCCCAUGGUUUUUCCCAUUUCAGAGCCUUCCGAGGCAUGAAUUCAUGUGACGUGUGUUUCAGGAUGAGGCUUUCAGGCUCACUAGAGCAUUUGGAUCCCUGUCCUGCCCCUAAUAAGUCGCACCAUGGCCAGCAUCAAGACUUGGAUCGAAAGAUGUGAUGGAGGCACGGACUAGAUUGGGAUGAAGCGAUGCUCCAAACUCCAUCUCAGGUGACAAACGUCAACAAACCUGCACUCCCUCAAAUAUGAACUGCUGGUAGAAUAUAGCCGUUUCGGUGAGUUUUGGAGAGGCUCCGGGUCAUGUGGUUUCUUGUACGAGGCGUUUGC